UUCCGCCAGAGUCGGAAGCAAAGCCGAAGUCGGAUUAUAACACACACACAGAUAAGCUUAUCGCGGCGAAACGGAAGCCAGUCCAGGGCCAAAAUGCGGCCCCUGCUCGGAGUACCUCUUCUGGUCAUCCUGCUGACCGUCUCGUUCGGGCACUGCAACCCCCGAACCAACCACUCGUCCGGAUAUGAGUUGGCCACCAAGCUGAUCUUCGACAGGGCCACCGCCCGCAUGCGCAACGUGUGGGGCCUGCAGCGCAGGAUCUUCAUGCAGCUCACGGACAAGGGGAAGUCGCCGCUGGGCGGACAGGUUGUCAACGUCAAGCAGGAGGUGGAUGCCGAGACCUAUCGACUGCUCUACGAGCUGGCGGCCAACUUGAGCGUGGUGCCAGUGGCCAACCUGGACGAUCCGCUCCUGCGCAGGCGCGUUCAGCGAAUGGCUAAGCUACAGCUGCAGGGCCUGCGACCGAAAGACUACGAGCAGGCCAAGGACCUUCUGCGGCAAACACACAACUUUGUCAGCGGGCCCCUGGUCUGCCUGCAGGAGGACUGUUCCGCCCACGGCCCGCUGACCAUGUUCCCGCAGAUCGUGAACAAGAACAUGCGCAGCAAGCUGUACGAGGAGCUCUUCUCCAACUGGGUCGCCUGGCGCAAGGCCAUCAACGAGAAGGAGACGGCCAAGAACACGUUCAUCGAGUACGUGCGCCUGCUGAGGAUAGCGGCGACCUACAACGGCCACGUGACGCCCUCGCGCACCUGGUACCUCAACUACGACACGGAGAACUUCCAGGCGGAGCUGGAGGCGGUCUUGUGGGAGAUUAUGCCGCUCUACCGGGAGCUCCACGCCUACCUGCGCCACGAGGUGCAGGCGGCUUACCCGAAGGCGGACACCAAGAGCGACGGCGCCAUCUCCGCGCCCAUCAUGGACCAGAUUUUGUCGCAGGCCUGGUACCCGCACCAGUUCUUCCGCACGCCCCACCAAGGCAAGCAGCACCAGCUGCCCUCGGUCCAUCGCCGUCUGGAGGAGGUUCUGGUCACGCCCGUCAAGAUCAACCGCAAGGCCGCAGAGUUCUUUGAGUCGCUAGGCCUCAACAUAAUGUCAGAUAACUUCUACGAUCGCUUCUCUCGCCGGAUGAAAGACGACGAGGGAGGGGCGGACUGCAAGUCGCAGGUGUACUACUUCCCGCCGGACGUGGCGCUGCGCUACUGCCCAAAACUGGACUACAAGAAGAUGAUGCAGAUCCACGGCACAAUGGCCGAACUGCAGUACAACCUCUACAAGGUGCAGCUGCCCUUCGGACUCGACUCGGAGCCGUGUCCUGGGUUCGGCGCCGCCCUGGCCGAAACGGUAGUCCUGGCCUCAGGCACACCGCGCCAUCUGCACCACUUGCACAUCCUGCUGAACGACAGCCUAACGGAGGAGCAGUCCCUGAACCGACUCUUUCGCAUGGGCGUUCACACACUGAUCGCCGUGCCGCAGUACUUCAUCAACGACAAGUUCCUGGUGGACGUGAUGGAUGGUCGAAUCGGAGCAAAGGACUACAACUGCGCCUACUGGGACCUCCAGGAUAAGUUCGCCGGUGUUCAGCCGCCUUCGCAGCGCUACAACAAGGACUUCGAUAUGGACUUUAAGUUUUACCGCGGCAUGAACCCGGAAACCUCCAACACAAAGAAAUUCCUGGCCGAGAUCCUGGGAUUCCAGUUCUAUCGCUCCUUCUGCCUCACGAGCGGCCAGUACAAGCCGGGCGAUCCGGAUUUCCCGCUGCACAACUGCGACUUCUACGACAGCAAGGAGGCGGGCAAGAAGAUGCGCGACAUGAUGCAGCUGGGGGCCACUCGACACUGGCGGGAUGUCAUGGAGAUCGCCACUGGAGAACGGAAGUUGACGGGACGCGGAAUCCUGGAGUACUUUGCCCCACUCUUCACUUGGCUGAAGGAGCGCAACAAGCAGUUGGACAUCGAGCCGGGCUGGGAUGCCGACGAAUUGUGCCGCAAGGACUAAAGUGCCAAGUGCAGCACAUAAUUUACUUUUAUCUAACCGUAAAGCGAUAACCUCAGAAUAAUCAAAUAUAUAAGAACAUUCAAUUCAAUCAAUUAGUAAA